AUGAAAUUCUCAAGUGUACUUCUCGCAGCGGCUGCUUCGGUGGUAAAUGCCCAGCGCCCAGCCAGCGUCUCCAUAUGCGACUACUACACCACGGCGCUCCUCAAAGAAAACACGGCAGAGAACCAGCUGACGCUGCUCACACUCCUCGUCAACACCGUCGUGAUCGGCAACUAUACAGCUCCCAACGUCGGCGUCAAGGUGCCCGGCAUCCUUGCCCCAGGUCAGGUCAACGGCAAGGCGGUCAAUCUUUUGCCGUACUUUAAUGGCCAGCUAGCUUCGACCAAUACCGGUGGCUCUCAUGGACAAUCGGUCAACUUUCUCGAUGGUGGCGGCGCAGCACCGCUCAUGAAGAACAAGCCCGCCAACGACGACACCUCGAGACAAUACUUCCUCCUCACGCAUCUGUAUCAAUUCUUCGGCUCCCUCCUCUCCUGCUCGCACCAAGGAAUGCCCGGCUUUCCCGCCUAUGGGGGUCGAGCGUCGCUUUACCAAGUCCACAAGUUCAUGGCCCUCGACAGCGCAGAACUGACAUACUUCAUCCAGCAGAUUGCCCUAGCUGCGCAGUCGUUUGGUGUAGCCGCCUCAGACAUUGAGAUCGUGGGCAACGCCCUCUCCAACGGCUUCGGCAUGCGUUGUGCUAUGCCUGCCACGGUGAUCAAGGCCCAAGGGCCGCAACUGCAGGCGAUCUGUGUCGAGAGCGAUUGCCCCUUGGCGAAGAACGCGUCUUGUAGCCUGUAUGAAGCAGUGGUGGAGCCGUCCAAGGUUAAUUCAACCGCAGCCAUGAGUUCACACAGCACAGUGAUGGCGACCGCAACCCAGUCGAUGACAAUACCUUCGGCUGGGGCCGGGACUGCCCGUUGUUUGAAUGGCGCAGCCGUUGCGGCUAUUGCUGGUGUCGCUGCGUUUGCUGUCUAG